CCUGGACCCCUGCUGAUGGAUGCUCCGCACCUGUCAGACCUGGCCGGGUUGCCAUGUUCGCCUGGUCUCAGACCUGGCAUCCCUUUCUGCCAGGCUGCCACCGGAACACAUAAACGCACCCCUCCCGUCUGCCUCUACGGAUGCUGCAGUAAAGUUGCCCGCGCAUGCGCACUGUCGGUCCUCUUUUUCUUGGAAGCACCGCUGACCCAUCGCACCAUGGCAGAUCCCGAUCUUGACUUCACGACUGGCGAGUCCGGCGCCUCCGCCACCUACCCUAUGCAGUGCUCUGCUCUGCGUAAGAACGGGUAUGUUGUGCUGAAGGGACAUCCCUGCAAAAUUGUGGAGAUGUCCACCUCCAAGACCGGCAAGCACGGACAUGCCAAGGUUAACCUGGUUGGCAUCGACAUCUUCACCAACAAGAAGCAUGAAGAUAUGUGCCCUUCCACCCACAACAUGGAUGUUCCCUCCAUCAAGAGGAUAGACUACCAGCUGGUUAACAUCAAUGAAGGCUACAUGUCCCUGAUGAGCGACAACGGUGAAAUCAGGGAGGACCUGCGUGUCCCUGAAAGCGAAAUCGGCAAGGAAAUCGAGACAAAGUUCGAAGCCGGUGAUGAAUUCAUGGUCACCGUGAUUUCUGCCAUGGGGGAGGAAUGUGCUGUCGCUACCAAGGUCCUGGCCAGCAAAUAGGGAGACGGACUUUGCUGCCCAGGCAACAAGCACCACCCACAACCAGUCUCUUGCAUUCUCAUUGGUUCUGUCACCAAAGCGUCGGCCUUCACAGACAACCUCAAUCAUUCUGUUGUGAUUUCUCUCAUCAUUGAUCUCUUUUUAGUUUUUUUUUUUUUUUUUUUUUUUUUUUUUUUUUUUUUUUUUCCCCCCCCUGCCCCUUUUCGUUUCUCUUUUCCAUUGCUGUUGGGGAAAGUUCCAGCGCAGUUCGCUGCGUGGUCCUCUGCCUGAUCACUGAGGUUUUGUUUGGUAACGAUCUACUUUAUAUAAAACAACUUCAAAAAUAAUGAUCAGUUGCUCAUUCCUGCUUAUUUUCGCCUUCAAAGUGUUGGUUUUGCCACUCACAUUCCUGAAUGUUUAAAUAACAACGGGAUUCAGCUUUUGUAUGAUUAUUUUUUUAUAUUCUUGAAUAUAGCAGGUCUAAAGCCUUUUAGAGGGAAGGGAAAGGGAGGGGGGCAGUUUUUGAGUUGUUAAAGCAGUGGGAGGGAGGGUAGCCCCUGUAGAUGCUAAAUUCUGGUUUAGGCCGUCCCUCUAGCAGCCAUACCGCUUUCCAGCAUGGCCUUUGCUCUGGUUCCUGAGUGGAUUGGGCUCGACAAGGUCCGUUUUGUCUCCUAACCGCUGGGAUUGGUGGUGGCUAGCACUUAUGAGCACUUGAGGUCCACCCCAGCAUGUCAAAGCUCUAAAACCAAGAAAAGAGAUUUUUUUUUUUUUUUUCUCCCCCCCAAGAAGAACAGAAACAAACUUCAGUGAUUUACCCUCGUGAUGCCAGUCUCUUGUCUGUGUAGAAGUUUGAGGGGCUGUGCGCUCACACCUCUCGUACCACCGGGGCAGACGAGGGCUCGCCACCGCUGCCCCGGCCAUCCCCCCCAAAUACAAAAGGAGUGUUAUAUUUUGUUUUGAGAGGCAUGAGUGUGUAGCGGUGUGGGCCUCCGAAAUGUGUGAGGCGGGUUUGCAGUGAGGCGUGUGUUUCUUUUGAGGGACUCGAUCGGGUUGGGGAGGGUGGUAGAGUUGCAAACUUUUUGUUCACUCGAGGCCUUUGUCACCUGACUGGAGAUGGCAAAAAAAUAAAACGAUGAAACAAAUGGACAAAAACUGCAAA